GUGUCAUAAGGUUGUCACUGUUUUGAUUAUUCAAAAGUCAAAUACAAAAAAUGGCAGCGGAAAUUAAACCAGCAACUCAAUCAAAUGAAAGAUUUUGUACAACCAAAAAGCCAGUACUAUUAUCAAAAUUAGAUGCCUGUAGUGAAGACAUUAAUGCCGCUGUUAUUAUACCCGGCGAAGAAGGAAUUAUCAGUGUUUCAGAUGAUAAGACUGUUAGAGUAUGGCUAAAAAGGGAUUCUGGUCAAUACUGGCCAAGUAUUUGUCAAUAUAUGCCAAGUGGGACCACAUCUAUUUAUUACACUGUUGAAACUCGACAACUUUUUAUUGGUCAAGAAAAUGGUACAGUAUCAGAAUUCACAUUAACCUCUGAUUUUAAUAGAAUGAUGCCUGUUAGAGAAUAUUUGUCGCAUCAAGCUAGAGUUACAGAAAUUAUAUUUGCUAUUAAUUGUGAAUGGGUAUUGAGCGUUGGUAGAGAUAAAGUAUUUUCUUAUAAUUGCACCCAGACAGGAAGGAAUCUCGGAACGUUUAAUUCAGAAGCUUGGUGCACAGCAUUACAAUUCGAUGCCCAAACAAAACAUGCAUUUGUUGGCGACUAUUCUGGACAAAUAACAAUGUUGAAAUUAGAUAAUAAUGGAGUAACUGUUAUAACAACAUUAAAAGCACAUUCUGGAUCUAUUAGAUCACUAUCUUGGGAUAGUGAUAGAAAUAUGUUGUUUAGUGGAUCGUUUGAUCAUACUGUUAUUGUGUGGGACAUAGGGGGACAACAGGGCAAUGCUUACGAACUACAAGGACACCAUAACAAAGUAUCUAGUCUUUAUUAUUCAACAAGUACCAAACAAUUACUGAGCGCUGGAGAAGAUUGCGUACUAGUAUUUUGGGAUAUGAAUCAACCUCGACAAGAAACCCCAGAAUGGGUAGAGUCAGAUUUAUGCCAAUUAUGUGGUAGACCUUUCUUCUGGAAUUUCCGAGCCAUGAUGGACCAAAGACAACUUGGAUUAAGACAACACCAUUGCCGCCACUGCGGUAAAGCGAUAUGUGAGAAAUGUUCUACUGGGAGGAUAACAAUACCUUCUAUGGGAUUCGAAUUUGCAGUUAGAGUUUGUGAACCCUGCCAUAUUGCACUUAAGGAUAAAGAGAGACCUUCUUUGGCCACUUUUCAUGAUGUAAAACAUGCUGUAGUUGCGAUGAGUGUUGAUGAAACAAAUAAAAGGCUAGUUACUGUCGGGCAGGAUCGUUUAAUAAAAGUUUGGGAUAUAACAGCACUGCUUUGAAUAUUAAGUAAAAUAUUAAAUGCAUUCUAAUGUGAUUGAACACUUUUUUGUGGUCAGUUAAAGUAACGAUCAUUACAUAUUAUACUUUUGUUAAAAUUGAAUGUUUACAUUAUUAUUAUAAUAUAUAGGUUCUAUUAAAAUUGUAUAUGUAUUAUAAUUCUGCUCUAGCUAUUAUUUCUCUUUUAUUUCAUAAUAAAUUGUUUAUGAGUAUUAUUAUUAAAAA